AUGAAGCCAGGGCCACUUGAUAUGGGCUUUGCCCGCCCCCUCGAGUUUACGCUCUCAGUCGUCGUGAGGAACAACCCAAGCCCGCUCGACUUUCAGUUCGCCGCCGAUACACUCGUUUCACAAUGGCCCGUCUUGAAUCUGCGGAUGGACCCUCUGAAAACGAAAUUCUUGGAUCCGACUGACCCCGGCGAUCUCACGGAUGUAUGGGCGGGACGAACUCUUAAAAAAGAUCUUAGCGAAAUCAUCUGUUUUUCUUCCAAUAGGGACUAUCCACAGAUGGUAGACACUGAUUCCCUCAACGACGCUCUAGAUUUUGGUUACGGGAUACUGCAUGCAUGGAAACAGCGGGUCUUCGCUAUACGAACGGUGUUCUUGACCGAUGCUUGUAUCAUAGGGUUCAAGUUCCUACAGCCGCUUUGCGAUGCGAAUGGUGCUCAUCAUAUAAUCCAGGCUUAUUGCAGCCUCCUCAGAGGAGAAAGAAUCAGCCAUACCGUCCAUGCCCGACCAUCCUUGUCACUCAAGUCCGAAGUACUCGAGAAGUGUGCUGAGAUGAUCGAGUCGCACCGGAUCGCGGACCUGCACAAGCACACCAUGGAUCGGACUUGGAUAGCCGGAAUCAGCGCUAUUGGGAAACAGAUUGGGCGCAACAUAUGCUACCGUUCGGCAAGACGAGUCGCCAAGACUUUGUUUGUGCCACAAAGGACAAUCCAAAGCUGGCUAAAAGAGGCGGAAAGCCAGAAAGCCAAAGUUACCGAACAUGAUCUCCUGGUGGCCUUCAUCUUCACGGCAGCGUUACACCCACCAAAAGUGCACACCUUCGGCAUCGCCAUCGACAUCUCGAAACAACUCCAGUCCGAAGCAAACCUCUAUAACCCCUGGUACAUGAUGCCCCUACCAGACCCGGUACCAUCAAGUGAAUACAGUUCCCUUUCAUUGAUCCAAAUGGCGACGCACAUCCGUGUCUCCCUCGAUGAAGCCCAGCAGCCAGAGUGCAUUGGAGAGGUGGUUGAGCAGCACAAGACAUCGAAGGGAAAACCUAUGGUUCCAAAGUUAUACGGUGGUCGAGCAGCUCAGCCGCGCAUCGCGUCUUGGAAAAACUUGCCGCUUUUCGAUCUCGAUAUCCAGGGCGAAAAUCCGCUAUUUGUGCAGGGUAGUGUGGAUUACUGUGGGCUUUUGCGCGAGACUAGAUCGCACUUGGAUGAUUUGUUGGUGACAUGGAAAGCGCAGGGUCUGGAAGAGGGCAAGGGCGGAUAUUGGGUCCAUGGUAGACUGCCAGAGGCUGUUUGGAGGCAUAUGGCAGAUGAGCUGGGAUGUUGA